UUACACAACUCUCUCCUUUCAGAGGGUGUCCUUGCGCUAGUUUGUGACUCAACGUCUUAUAGGAACGCGCUCACCGGCAGAGGACAUGCAUGUUCGUGGAUGCAAGGUCCGAUCACUUCUGAGACCAAUGUAAUGAAACAGGCAGGGAGCAGGUAGCGCGCUGGACAUCGGUCUAUCGAAUUGUGCCCCAAAAGCAUGCUCAAGCGGCGGAGUCGAUAUCCGCGCUCAUAAACCCAGGCUCGUUAUAAUACUUAUUAUUAAUAUUGAUUUCCAAGUGAGAAAGGUCUUAGGAGUGAGUUUGUGUGUGUGUGUAUAGAUAUAGUUUUUUUAUAUAAAAUAUUUUUUUUCAACGGUAUAUAUUGUAAUCUUGAUUCGUUGUUAAUGAAAUAAAUAAAAAAAAUAAGUUUAAAAAAAACUAAAUUUACGAAGGCACCCAUAGGGCUUAUGUGGACGAAUCCGCUGUUUGCGCAGAGCUGCUGGUUGUGUCACAUCGCCAAGGAAACGCUUGACAAUAAAGGAGCGUGCAGGAGUUCUGUCCCCAAGUCCAGUUCACGCUGUCAGCAGUCUGUUUGUGUACAGAGCCUCAGAACCAGCUGGCUGAGGGGACUCUUCUCCAGGUUCACCUCUCUCUGUAGAAUGUCGUUCCCAUGGACCUUCUCCUCUCCUCCGUUCCACUACAUGCUGCGUGCGUCUGGGCAGAGUGAGGUAUGGAGCGACGCACGGCCGGAGGACAAGUUCCAUCAGUAUGGCUGGCGCUGCGGAACCAGCGAGGACGGAUAUGGUACCAGGACACUGAUCGGUAACUGGGUCGAAAAACAAAAAGACAUCACUCAAUACCGGAAAGCCAGACCCCUACCUUCACAGGUCAGCCCCCUUCCUUCACGGGUCAGCCCCCUUCCUUCACAGUUCUCUCACUACUUUGACUCCACCUACUCCUCCUCCUUUAACCGUGAAGAGAAGAGACCCAUCUACAGCUUGAGGAAGGAGUCCAAGAGUUUCCCGGGCCAGCAGCUGGAGUUAGACCUCCCCCAAGAGGGACUACACCAGUCACACACACACCCCACCCCACCCCGCCUGGGACUGUGACGCUGCAGGAUGCCAGGGGACAGCAGGAGAACACAGCAGGCAGAGCAGCAUCCUUCUGACCCCUCAAUAAAUACUGAUAAGAGUGGUUCACUUUUAGUAGUGCAUCAGUGAAUGUGGACUACAGUGUGUGUGUGUGUGUGUGUGUGUGUGUGUGUGUGUGUGUGUGUGUGUUACUGUAUUUGGAGCCAAACAUUCUUUUGGAUCAACUCCCCCUGUUCCCUCUCUUACCCCAUCUCCCUUUGUCCCCUCACUCCCACUCUACCCCCCCCCCCACACACACACACACACACACACACACUCUCUCCCUCCCACUCUACACCCCCCACACACACACACACUCUCUCCCUCCGUCUAUCUCUCUCCACCUCCACCUGUCUCCCUCUCAAAUAGCAUUCUAGUUUUUUUUGUCAAUUCUUUCAGUGUCAAGUAAAUCUCUUUUUGUUUUCCUCA